CUACAAAACUGCAAACCUGCAGAACUGCAAACUCUUGUGAGUAAUAUACAGACUCAUUCUGAAGAGGUAGAGAUAACAACAUUGAGAAAAUGAAGGCAAUAGCUGCUUUUGGAAACAUCGUCUCUUUGUUCAUAAUACCAUUGCUUCUUCCUGAUCUUACCGCCGCAUGUGGCUACACCGGGGAAGAAGGUGUGAUAUUCAGUUAUAGUGGAGCAACAGGGCCUGACAAAUGGGGAACUCUAAGUCCACAAUUCAGAGCGUGCUCAAAUGGGAAGCAUCAAUCUCCAAUCAACAUUGUGAGGAAACAAGCAAUCUGGAAUUCAAACUUGAGACCUUUGGAGAUAGAUUAUACUCCCACUAAUGCAACACUUGUCAACAAUGUUUACAACAUCAUGAUACAGUACAACCAAAGUGUGGGAACAAUGGUUGUGAAUGAGAAGAAGUACCACCUCAAACAAAUGCACUGGCAUUCACCUGCUGAGCAUACAAUUGAUGGUGUUAGACAUCCAGUGGAACUUCAUCUGGUACACUACAGUGAUGAUGGAAACAUCACUGUGAUUUCAGUCUUGUAUAAGUAUGGUGAUGAAGAUAAGCUUCUUCAUAAGAUCAAAGACAAAGUUGCUGAGUUAGCUAAGGGAACUUGCUCGAUAACAGGCGAAAAGGCGACACAUAUCCCACUUGGAGUCAUCAACCCAAAGUACUUGAAGCAUGGAAAUCACAAGUACUACCAAUAUGUUGGCUCUCUUACAACACCUCCAUGCACUGAGAAUGUGAUUUGGAACAUUGCCUACAAGGUGAGGGAGAUGUCUGAAGAACAGGCAACUGCACUUAGAGGACCACUUGAUAUCAAGUAUAAGCAUAACUCCAGGCCUCUUCAGCCAUUGAAUGGAAGGACUGUGGAGUUUUUUUCACAGAAAAGAGGCUAACUGAUACCAAUUGAACAUUGAUUGAGAUGCUUUGUAUAAUCAAAGCUAUCGUUGUUGUGUUUUUUGUUUUUUUUUGGCUUUUUUUUGUUAUGAUUUUGUUUAUGAGUAAAUUCCUUGCUUGAAUGUGUAAUUGCUGAACUGCUGCACUUCUUUCCUUUUAAUAAAUGUGAGGUUUAUCCU